UCACUACCACUAGGCUUACUUAUCUUCCUCACGUCUUAUUUGAUUACAUUCAUUGUCUCGUGGUCCGCUGGUGUCGCGGGAUUCGAGUCCUUUCAGCAAGCCCACCAUCCCCACUCUUAAUCUUACAAAACUCUUAUCCUAGGUCUCAAUAUCUUCACCCACCAUCGCCACUUCGCGCCAGAACAAUCGACCAUUCUGUUGGUUUUCUCUUUCUCUCGACCGUUCUUGGCCAUCCUGUCCCUUCUUUUCCCUUCAUUCUUCUCUGGUUGAUUUCCGUUGUACGAACAGUGUCUCUCUGCUUUUUUCUUUUUCUUAAUCGCAAACAUGGCGGGUAUCUUUCGGACGAUUUAUGACUGGCUCCUGAGGAUGUUUUGGGCGACGGAGAUGGAUGUCACCAUGAUCGGGCUUCAAAACGCAGGGAAAUCGUCGCUGUUGCGUGUGCUUGCGGGAGGCGAGUUUACUGUAGAUUCCAUCCCCACCAUUGGCUUCAACACAAAACGGGUUCAGAAAGGCCAUGUGACCUUGAAAUGCUGGGAUCUGGGAGGCCAACCGCGGUUCCGACCAAUGUGGGAGCGAUAUUGCCGCGGUGUAAAUGCGAUAGUGUACAUCGUUGAUGCAGCAGACCGCCCUGCACUUCCAAUCGCCACAGAUGAGCUGCACGAGUUGAUGAACAAGCCCUCUCUUGAAGGUAUUCCGCUGUUAGUCCUUGGGAACAAGUCCGACCUUCCGAAUAAGCUGUCCGUCGACGAACUGAUUGAUGCGAUGGAUCUGAAAUCCAUUACCCAUCGCGAAGUGAGCUGCUAUGGAAUUAGUGCCAAAGAAGAGACUAACCUUGAUGCUGUUCUGCACUGGUUGAUCGCCAAAGCCAGUCGAUGAAGAUCGUGGGAAACAGCACCUGCUUCAUCCUUCUUUUCCCGGCCGCAGGCCUAAACUUUUGUAGACUCUUUCAGCUUCUUGGAUUGCAGCCUCCGAUGUAAUGAUGUUGACGAUGUGAACCAGGCACAUUAAAUUUUAGCGUCAUUGAUGUUGAUUUCUUUCUUUCUUUGUCUUGUUUGCUUUUUGUUGCCUUUU